ACGAUUCAGAGUUUUUUGAAACGUUUGGAAUCUAAUUAAUAAAACUUGCAGGUUUUCCUAUCGUUCUCUAUUUGUCUGCUCUAGAUUCCAACCUUCAAAGUCCGCUAUCAAUCAAUCUCUAUUUGGAACAAACUCGCGGUUUAAUGAACUUCCACUGACAACCCGCUUAAUUUUGAGGCAUCAUCGCUUUAUUUAGCAAUUGGCAGCAAGCAAGUUGCUGAAACCCAGAAUCUUUAUUUCCCACCUUGCAAAAGCUGACCUCCAUUGUUUCUAUUUUACAUUUCUUGUACAAAGAUGGGUUUUUCAAUUGGGUGUUCACUGGAUUCUCAUGUUUUGGUGAGGAAUACUGGAAACUUUCCACCUUUAUGUAGAAAAGAGAGGCUUAAUCUUAGCACUAUGUGCUCAGAAUUUAAUAAGCCUUGCAAAAUAAGAGUUUCACUCUGCAAGAGUGAAUUGGUUGACUUUGAUGAGAGAACAAGCCCAACCGAGAUCAGAAAAGAGAUAGGGAGAUGCUAUGAACUCAUACAUAGGCUUGGAAGGGGAGUUGUUUAUUUGGGUUCUUCAAGAAUGGGACAUGAUCAUCCACAUUAUUUGCAAGCACUAGAGUUGGGUAGAGAGGUUGCAAAUCUUUUGGACUGCACAUCAUGGACUGGGGCUGGUCCAGGCCUAAUGGAUGCUGCUACUAAAGGCGCACUUGAAGCAGGAAAGCCUGUAGGUGGAUUUAAGAUAGCUAAAGAAGCUGGCGAAUGGACGGCCUCAAAUUUUCAUUCUUACCUACCGUCAGAAACUUAUCUUACAUGCAGGUUUUUUUCUGCAAGAAAGCAUGGUUUGGUGGAUGCUGCUGUUAGGAGUAGUUGUUCAGAUAGGACUGCUGUAGUUGCUCUUCCUGGUGGAAUUGGUACUUUAGAUGAGAUGUUUGAGAUUUUAACACUGAUUCAACUUCAAAGAAUUGGAUCAGAGCUUCCAGUUCCCUUCCUUGUGAUGAACUAUGAUUCAUACUACCAGAAGCUCUUAGACUUUCUUCGUGAUUGUGAGAAUUGGGGUACUGUCUCUAAAGGAGAGGUUGCAUCCCUGUGGAAAAUUUGUGAAAACAACUCGGAAGCUCUGGCCUACUUGGCAGAUUUCUAUGGCCUCCCUUCUAGCGGUGAAGAGAGACAUGAAGUAAGCUUACACGUGCAAAUCGAAUAAUCUCUUGAUAAAAAGUUCAGAUGCAAUUGAUUGUCUGAGGUUUAUGUUACCUGUUUAAAUUAUAUGCGCAAAAUAAAGGGGUGAAAUUGAAAAUGUUGUGCGAUUAUGACCGAUCAUGCUCUUUAAAAUGCAUGUCUUAGCAUAGUUCAUAAUAUGAAUUUGAUCAUAACUUUUUUUGCUUUUGUUGAGAAGCUGGACAUGAUUUUGAAUCUGUUGGAAAUGUUCACCAAAAUCGUUCCUGUUU